AGGGGAAAGAGGAAAAUGAGAGGUUUAGCGAGCAACAGGAAAACCGCUAUGAGAACACAUUCCAGCCAGAGCCGAGUCUGAACGGGACAAUAAGGGGUGGGACAAAACUGUAAACUAUUUUAAAAUAUGUAAACUCUACUUUAGAUUAGGAUCAUAGACAACCAAGAAAGGGGUUCUUACUUAGCCUAAUGAAGGAGGACUAGCAGAAAGCCUACACUUGUGAACAGGUCUGGAUCCAAACCGACGACGAUGGUUCGUGUUGUCGGUUUAUCAGCGCAGAUUUGGACCGAGAUGAGAUAGGCUUCAGUCCGCCGUUUGUCGUACUGUCAGGACACAGCUACCAGCUUAUCCCUUUUAUCAUCAUUACUAUUAUCAUUAUUCACUUGUUUUUGAAGAUUUGUUGUUAAACGACUGGGCUGUUUUGUUUUUUUUUUGCCGGACCAAAGAGGAACAACUUUCGCAGGAACUUUCCCCAGACACGGCUGUGGUCGACACCGAAGCAGGAAAGGAUGUGAACUCUCUCUGGAUGAAACAUCUGCCACUGAGCCGCUUGGCGCGAGACGACAAGUAACUUAAGCCCUCUCUUUACAUGGAGCUGUUUGAGUUUUAAACACUUUUAAAUACUUCGUUUUAAAUACUUCGGCCACUGAGGGGAAUCUUCAAGCUAACUUUGAUAUGGGAUGCGAGCGGCUGUCAAGUUAAAAGGCGAGCAGAAAACAGAGAAGACAUUUACUCUUUCCAGAGAUGGGAAGUCGUGCUCUCCUCACAGUGGUGCUAGUCGGGUCGCUUCUGUUGAUCUCCACCAUCCAUGCAGACUCUGAAGAUGAUGGGGCGCUGCUGUGCACAUGUGAGAAUAGCAAAGGCACAUGCGUAAAUGGAACAUGUAGAGGAGAUGUCUGCUUCUACACCUGGGUGCAGGACUUUGAGGAGAGGGGUUGUUUCUCCAACAACAUCUACAGAGAGCAGUGCUACACCUCCUUUCCCCGUUUCUUUGUCCACUGCUGCAGAGAGAAUCACUGCAACGCUUUCAUCACACCACCUCCAAACAUAAAUGGAGAGCCGACAACAACACCCCCGGAACUCAGUCGCCCAGAGCUGUGGAUCACGGUGUCUCUGCUGCUGUUAAUUAUGACUGCCAGUGUGUGUGGCCUGGUGCUGUUCCUGCGCUUCCGACGUGCACAUUGCAGACUGAGAAAUGCUGAAGACCGUGAUGCCACCAUGCUCAAGGUUCCUCAUGGAGAUGAUCCCACAUACGGCGAUAUCUUUGAUGAGUUUUGUACUUCAGGGAGUGGGACAGGGCUGCCCUAUCUGGUCCAAAGGACUAUGGCCAGGCAAAUCUCACUUGUCGAGUGUGUCGGUAAAGGCAGGUAUGGGGAAGUGUGGAGGGGAACUUGGAUGGGGGAGAGUGUGGCUGUCAAGAUCUUCUCCUCUAGGGACGAGCAGUCCUGGUUCAGAGAGACAGAGAUCUACAAUACAGUACAGCUGCGACACGACAACAUACUCGGUUUCAUAGCCUCUGACAUGACAUCCAAGAACUCCAGCACCCAGCUGUGGCUCGUCACCCACUUUCAUGAGCUGGGCUCACUCUACGACUUCCUGCAGUUCAGCAGCUUGGAGCCUGAGAGCUGCCUGAGGAUGUGUCUGUCUGUGGCCUGUGGCCUGGUCCACCUCCACACAGAGAUUGUCAGCUCCCAGGAAAAACCAGCCAUCGCCCACCGAGACCUGAAAAGCCGAAACAUCCUGGUGAAGCGGAAUGGACAGUGCUGCAUCGCUGACCUAGGUUUAGCUGUCAUACACUCUCAGUCCCAUGACUACCUUGAUGUGGGCAACAACCCUCGUGUGGGGACCAAGCGCUACAUGGCCCCUGAGGUGCUGGAUGAGACCAUUCGUACGGAUGUCUUUGAGUCCUACAAGCAAACUGACAUCUGGGCUCUGGGCCUGGUCUUCUGGGAAAUUACCCGCAGAACCAUUGUCAAUGGGAUCGUGGAAGAGUACCGUCCUCCUUUCUUUGACCUGGUGCCCUUUGAUCCCAGCUUUGAGGAGAUGAGGAAGGUGGUGUGUGUGGACCAGCAGAGGCCCCUUCUACACAACAGGCUCCAUUCUCAUCCAAUCCUGACAGCCAUUGUGAAGGUCAUGAAGGAGUGUUGGUACCAAAGCCCACAAGCCCGCCUCACAGCCCUGCGGGUGAGGAAGACGCUCUCCAAACUGGACCACAACAGUGACUUAAGUAUCGAGAAACUCAAGCGGGAUGUCUAGACCUCAGCAUCAGGAUGAAACAGGAACAAAAUAUUGGAAAUGCCAGAAUGGAUUUUGCAUCACAUUCUCACAGCACAAAGUUCAUGUCAUUAGCAUAUUUUGAGCUAAUGACUCACACAGUUUCUACAUUUUAUUAGACCAUAUGACUUUGAGCAGUAGGGUCAAGACUGCCUCACACCCAAAGCCAUUUUUUAUUUUUAUUUUAUUUUUUUGUGUAGCCUAAUUUUCAUGUGCCAUAUGCCUUAACCCAAAAAGGCCCCAAAAAGAAAACUAUUAACACCAGAAAUGGUUUUAUCAACGGAUUUGAUGAAGGAUUGCUGACAUUUCUACAGCAGACCAAUUAUUUGAACAGUUCACAGACUGUCCUGCACACACAGGGUUUGAAUCAUUAUUGUUUUAACAGCCCUGAAAGGAAACUCUAGCAUUGCUCAAUUACUCAUCCUCUUAUCAGGAAUGUCAUUUUGCUUUUUUCUCUCAUAUACAAUACUAUUGCACUUAUGGGUUUUCCCAUAAUUCUCAAAGCCACAGACAGUCACAUAGAAGACAAAGGCCUUGGUGUUAUUUCACUAUCAAUACAGGAAAUAUGUAAGUAAUAACAUGCACCCACCAAAGCACAUCACCUGCUGUGUAAACAUAUUUAACUUAUAUAGAAUGAGCAUUUAUUAUCUGUACACAGACACAUUGAGCUAUGUAGUUGUACAUAUUCUAACAGUGCUGAAGUUGUUGCUUUGUAUAACCAUUGGGUUUAUUGUAAAUUUAUUUCAAAAGGGAUAUUAUUUUGUAUUAUUCAACAAUGAUACAUAUUUUACAUAUUUUUAUGACAAAACUUUAUUAUUAUUUUUUUACAUUUCUGUAAACCAAAAAUGUACCAUCACCAUUACUAUGGUCAGUAAAGGAAUUCACAAAUAGACAUGUAAGACUGCAUUUGUUGAAUAAAGUAUUUUUCAACUGUU